GCUUCCUGUAGUUAAGAGGUGAAAUCGCGAUGUUAUAAACUCAAGCUCAAAACUUUUUUUUCGUGUGAUAUUUUUUUGAUAAAAAGUCAAGUGAAAAAGAAAAGUUCUUCAAAUAAGGUAGAGGGAAGAAUUUAAUUUAAAUUUAAAGGAAAAGGAAAGAUGAAGAAGUGAAAUGAAAUAAAAUAGAGGAAUUCCAAUUUAUGGACGAGAGAAAAAAAAAUUAAAAAUAAAGUUUUUUAAAUGCAAACAAAUCUGAUAGAAGUGAAGUGAAGUUGUUUUAUAUGUGAUACGAGUGCUACGAAGCGAUAACUUUUUCCUUCAUCAUCAUCACAACAUAAUAGCUACAUUUAUUGUGCUAUAUUUAGUUGGACUUUUUUUUCUAUAGCCUGAGAAAACAUGAAAAUGCCAUUUGGAUAAAACGGACAAAAGUUUUUCAUUUUUUUUUGCUACUCGAAUUAUAACUGAAUCAUAAAUCUUAUAUUACUUUGGAUUUUAUUAUAUAUCUGCCACAUAUAUUUUAUUAUAUCUAUACACGUCUCACUCACAGUGUAUAUGUGUGUGCCCAGGUCAAGUGAUCACUAGAGCUUUGACAAGCACUAAUAAGCAAUUGAACAAACGGAAGUGGAAAUAAACUCUUGAGCAAAAGAUAAAGCACAACAAGCUAAAAUGGAUACAAUUUAUAGUAAUAAAAAAUAUUUACAAAACCUCAGUGCCGCAGAUUAUUACAGAACAGGCACGAUGCGACCGACGACAAAUGAAUAUGCAUCCUAUCACAACACAAUGAGUCGACGAUCACUUUUUGGUAGUCAUUAUUCACAUCAGCCCAAUAUCUCAAAAUACAACAAAUAUUCAUAUCCAUCGGAUGUUAGUUUAAGUAGCCAUUACGGAUACACAUCAUGGGGUUUAUGGCGCGAUACUGGUCAUCUAUCACCAUCAGUUUACUCUAAAAAACGAAUAAAUAUUCGAUCGUUUUCGAUUCUCAUCAUGUCAGCUGCUUUCAUUGUCCUAUUGGCAGUAUUAUCAGUCGCAGGCUUAGCAUUCUAUUUCAGUACAUUCAAAUCGGAUUCAACUGAGUCGAUGCUCGUUUUCGAUUGUGGAUUUCGAAUCGCAAAGGGCGAUAUAUGGGUAUCACAGUUGAAAUAUAACCAAACACCAAUAUUUCGACAGAAAGCUGCUUUUUACACCAAAUUUAUCGAAAUGUCAUUGGAACAUGGAAAUUUUAAUGUUGCUAAAACCGAUAUAAAUAGUUUUGGAAAUGGGCCAGACAUCCAAUUGAGCUUUCGCAUUUAUUUGGACAUGAGGAAAAUACAAAUGACAAUAACGAAUGUCGAGGAGCAUAUUAAAAAUGCAUUCGUAAGCGAAACAGGAAUUUCUGAUUCAACAUAUCGUAAUAUGAAAAUCGAUAUUGACACAAUUGAAAUUAAGCGACAACUUGAUCCUGAAAUUUUGCAGAAAGCUGCAUUUAUAUAUGAACAGCAGUCACAAGAUAUAUUGACAACAUUAAUGCCCACAACGGUAAUUCCACUGGAUGAUUUACAAAUGUCAACUAGAAAAGUUAAUGGAACGACGGCUGAAAAGUCAAAACUUAAACCAUCAACGCAAACACCUCACACGACGAGGGGUGGAAGUAAGCCUAAAAUUACCCCCAAGCCGCUACAGGAGAGUGACAUUGAUACAGAAAAUUUGCCAGUUAUACAAGGUUCAUUUGAAAUUACAAAAACGGAUGCGGAUAUAGCACAAAAACGUGCAAACGCGCGUCCUGCAUCGACUGCAUCGUUAACGCCAAAUACACUAAAGCCAUUCUAUAUUAGUCCCGCAUCGUCAAUCAAAGUAAAGUCUAGUGGACAUUCGACUUCAAGUUCAACAACGGCACAAACAACAGUAAAAAAAAUAAUAAUAACGACAACAACUAUGGCGAGUACGACAGCAUCAAAAGCUGACAAUAUUGUGGAUAUGUUUUUGCAGCAUCAGAAAAAUUUGCAAAAGCAACAAAAAGUAAAGGAAUCGCCAGUGACGGCAAAAAUUGAAAAAACAAACAAGAGCGGUGAGACAAUAAAAGCGACAGCAGGAGAAAUUGUGACAGAAAGUAUUAUGGCAACAUCAACAACAUUGCAAAUGACUACAAAUGCACCGCAUGAGUAUGUUGGAAGUAGUGACAUCGAAAGCCAAAUCAAUAAUAAAGAUUUGCCGAAAUUGGAUGUUAGCCUUUUUACAAGCGCACCAAUUUUGGAUAAUGAACCGUGGCGUCCAAUCAAUCCAUCACCGGAACAAGUAAAAACACAACAUCUACCUACUGCUGCUCACACAUCAGAGUCCACAUCAUCGUCGUUAUCGUCGUUAAGCACUGAAAUGCCACCAUAUCGAAGUCCAUUCAAUCCAAAACCAAAUGAGAAUGUCAUAUAUCGUAACAAGUUUGCUGAUCCUGAUGCUACAUAUCCAGUCAAAGACAGUGGUGAAUCGAUUUCAUAUCAAAGCUUUUAUAAUCCCGAUUUCUCAGCGGGUAGUUUAGAGAUAGAAAAGCUUGGCAUUGCCGAUGUAAAACCAUAUCCAUUGCCUGUAAAUAAAAUUGAUAUAAGCGAGGAAGUUACUAAUCCAGAACAAUCGUCUCAAAUGGAAAUGCUGAAUGAUAAUAAAAAAUUAAUGAUUGAUACGUCAAAUGUCAAUUACGAUGAGAAUAAAUUCGAGCAUUUGGGUGGCGGUGUAAUUGCAAAGAAGCAAGACAAUAGCAGCAGCAGUAGCACGAGCGCUCCAACAACAAUUAGCAGUAAUGUUCUCGAAGAUGACAUCAUGCAAUCAAAUAUGAAUGCUACAAAUGAUGCAGCACAAUCUGGUGUACAAAUGACGAAAAAUGUCACAGAUACGGACACAAGUCUCGAUGACAUUUUCCAAGAGCUGCUAGAUAAUAAUAGCGUGACAUUAAACAAAACACAAGACGACGUGCUAGAAUCAAGAAUUGUGUCAGAUGAUGAAGAAACAGAGAAUGAUGAUGACGACGACGAGAAUGCUUAUGAUGAAGUGUCUGCUGCUGCUGAAGAUGAGAAAAUUUUGACAACGACUCCAAAAUUAAACUUUAUGAAUAUGAAAAAUUUCAUAAUGCAAAUGAAGCACAACAAAUCGUCAUCUGAAAAUUCAUCGCAUUCAUUAGAGGAUAUUUCUGAUGAAAGUACUACUUACAAGUCACCAUUGUCUACGUUGACAUUUGAAAUUGCUACAGCAACAAAAGCAUUCAACGAUAUCGGUGCCUUUACAACGCUUAAACCCACAACCACAUUUGUCGAGGUGGAUACUGUCAAAUACACCCCAUCGCCAUUUGUUAAAACCAGUACGAGUAGUAAUAGUGCUAGUAUCAUCUCAGAACCGCAGCUCUUUCCAUCCAUUUCGAAAUGGGAGUUUGUCAAUGGCACUCGUACAAAUAAUAGCAGUGAAGUGAGUCUCACAAAGAAAGUCUUUAAUGAAACUCUACAGGCGGUAGUUGUGGAAAAUUCUCAAACAGCAUCACAUGUUACACAUUUAGAUGAUUUGAAAGCCAAUCAGACUGUAGAUAAAGGAAAUUUGCAGCAAUUGUCAUCGAUUUUUGAUACGCUAGCAGCUAAAUUGGGUAUAAAGCCAGAUGUUUCGAGUAAAGUGCCACCAUUCUCACAAUAUACACAGAAUAAAAUCAAGCAAAAUGCUAAUAACAAUAAUCAGUUGAGAACGACAACGAUUACGGUGCCGAGAAGGAAUUUGGGUAGCACAACUAAACAGUAUGUUACACGAACAACCACAAAAACCGCAAAGAAGUCUCCAGCACCUAUGUCAUCGACAACAAUGACGUCAACAGCACGAGCAGUUACAAAAGUUUCAAGUGACCCCACAAGAGGUUAUGAAUUGUCAUCGGAGACAGUGAUGGGACAAGCUGAAGUUGAAGCUGUAGAUCCGACACAAUACGAAGAAAUUUUAUCGUUGGCAUCAUCACCAAUAACGAGACGAUUUAUGUCCACAACUCCAUCACUUGUCACAUUAAUGCCUGUGAAAUCGAAUUCAGGCAUUCGUAAUUUUAAUCCAAGACUUAAAAUAGCAUCAAAUAGUCAAACGUCAAGUGAGACACGGAACUUGGAAACAGUAGUUAAAGCUUCAAUGUCAUUUGAUUCAUAGAUAUUUGUGGGACAUUUGGGAAUCGCAUGAAAAAUUGGAUUUUUAUCUCCAACUAAAGAAAUAGAAUAAAAAAAAGAACAGAUUCAGCCUAAAGGAAAGUUAAAAACUCUUUUGGGAAAUAAAAUAUAUAAAAAAAAAGUUGGAACAAAAAUAUUUCUGCUACCUUUUUGGGACAAGCACUUUAUUGCAUACCACUAAGCAUAACAGCAAUAAUGAUAAAUUUAAAAGAAUGAAACUUUAAAAAUAAAACUGAUGAGUUUAAAAAGUUAAAUUUAGAAUUAAGGGAUUUUAGAGCGCAUUUCUUGGGAUGCUUGAUUUUGUAAUUGUUUUAACUGCGAAUGGGAUAUAAUGAUGGCGUGUCUUAAAAUUGAGUACCUUUACGAAUGCCAGCCAUGUUGGGUACGUCAUUAAAAACAUUACAAUAACCAUCCUCAAAGCAUAAAGCUUAUUCCAUUACUAACCCCUACACACGCACUUCCAAAUAUUUUUCUCAAUUUUGCUGAUCUAUUUUUUGCAUGAAAUAAAGAUUAAGCACUCGAGAACGAAACAGGAAAAAUCGAUAAGAUAGAGUCUUAAGAUGGUUUGAUAGGAAUUGAUUGAACGAAAUUUGAUAUUAAGUCUCGAUGAUGAAUGAAAAAUUACUUCCAACAUUUUUGUGUGAAUGCUGAAAAUGUGACAUAAUUAUAAAUUAACAGUAAAUGGCUUUUGUGGUUUGACGACUUGACAAACCGCAAUGAAAUGCAAAUUACAAAAUCUGAGAAAUGCGCUGAAAAAAAAAGUAAUCAAAAUUAACAGAAUUUUAAAGAGAAUUGGGUGCUUAUUUACUUUAACUUCAGCCUGUCUCGUCUUGUUUACUCACAAAAAGGGGCAGAUCGUAUGUUUUGUAACUCUAAAGUGUGUUCAAGUUUCGAUUUGAUCUUAAUCUUCUAAUUCCAUUUGGGGCCGUUCACUUAUGACGUCCGGGGGGGGGGGGGGUCAGCAAGAAAAGAACAAUAGACAUUCCUGGAAAUCUAAUGUUCUUUUUUGAAAAAUGACCUGGGGAAAGGGUGUCGAAAAUUACCAUUUUAGCGUUACAAAACUUGCGAACGACCCCAUAAUAAUGUUGAUGAUGACUUUAAUAAAUAAAUUACAAGACUAAACUCAUAAUAAAAGAAAGAAAUUCAUCUUGCUCUCAUAAAUAUCUAAUAAAGGCAAAAGGGCAUUUUGGAUUAAUUUUUAACACACAAGCAAUAGCUGGAUAUGAGACGAGAGGCUCCCCAAAAAAAAAGUUUUGAAUUUGGGCACAGAAUGAAAUUCUCAGGCUGAAUUUAAAUAACGAUGCGGAAGAAAGGAAAAGAGAAAGACAUCAUAAAGAUGAUAGAAAUUACGAACUUUCCUUUCGUUCCUUUAAACCAUAAUAUUUUUAUGUCCCUUUUCGAUAAUAAGUAAAUUCAUAUUUUAGGAAUACGAUAAUAUUUAUAAUACAUAAAAAGACUUUGUACUUGAACUGAGGCUUUCCUUCGUCGUAUUUUUUGUGUGUGAGCUUUUCAUAGACUUUAUUUAUUUAUGGGAUGGAAGCUGGCUGUGGUCAUAUUGGCUUUAAACAUGUUCGUCCUUAAAGUUUUCUUGAAUUUUUGAAUAUUUUGUUAAAAAUUCAAAUCUUAUUUGACAGUUUAAAAUUCCAAUAUUAUUUGAUAGCUCAAAAUUCAAAUAUUUUUCGACUGUUAAAUAUGAAUUUUAAUUUGAUGCUUGAAAAAACUUUGAAUCUGACCCAAAAGCAGUCAAAAUUCACCCCUCAAAUGUCCACAGCAUGAGCCCAAAAUAAGAAAGAAAUCUGUCAAAAGAGAAGGAAGCAACAAAAAACUGAUUGUCAACCGAUUACAUGUGGGUAGUUCUCGUUGAAUGAGGGAUAAAGGGAAUAAAAAAAAAAUCAUUUCAAUGAAGUAAGGAGCCAAAAAGAGCCUUAGGAUCUCAUUCAUUUAGAAAAUUUCUGUUGAUGGAUUUUAUUGAAAAGCUCAUUCAUGAAGAUUAAGUACCUCAGUGAUGGUUACAUAAGCAAUAUAAUGUGGAUGAAUACAUGAUACUUUUCAUGUAACCACCGCAUGAGGUUAGUCUAAUAUCUUGAUUGAUUAUACUGAGGGAUUAUUCUUUUGAAUUAUUUUUUUUAUUCAUCCUCUCCUUCCUUCCUUAUAUGCUGUUACUGAAGAAAAAGAAAUCAAUUCCUUUCCCCUUAUAUUUAUUGAAUUAAAAGAAAAUUUCCUCGUAUAACGUAAAAUAAAAGAAGAUAUUCUUAGUAUGGACCUGCUGUAUAUUUUCGUCUGUACUCAAAAAAAAUAUUCGCAUUUUUUAUGUCUAAUAAGAAACUUUUUUAUCAUUUUUAUUAUUAUUUUCUUUUAUUAAUUUUAAACGAACGAGAUAGACGAUGAGAGAGAAAGUUGUUGUAUUAAUUUACGAGUGAAUGACCAAACAAUAAAUUUGAAGAUAUU